AGCAGCAGCAGCAGCAGCAGCAGCAGCAGCAGCAGCAGGAGGCGGCAUCUCGCUCCCCCCGCCCUCGGCAUGGCGGCUGGUUUCUGCGAGUGUUGCGUCCGCAGCGCCCGGAUCGCGGAGGCGGUGGUACGGGCCGAUAUUGCACGCCAGCGGGCGUCGCGCGAGGCGCUGGCCACCGGCUUCGUGUCCCUGCAGGGGUGCGGGCCCUCCUCGGCCUCGCAGCAGCUGGCCGCGGUCUGCCGGCUCCUCGCCGCGGGGCGGGCGGGCGCCAGCAGGCCGCUGCUCCGGCGUUGCCCGCCAGCGCCGCCUUCGCCGCGGGGCGCGGGGAGCCCCGCCCUGCCGCGUUGCGGCGUGCCGCCGCAGCUGCUCCAGGACCGCUCCCCUGCGAGGCCGC